CUGCUCCUUCAGUGCAUGGGAAAGGGUAUGGGAGGCGGGAGCCCCCAGACACUGCCCUAUACCACAGGCACCACCACAGCCCAGAACUUCUCCUGCUGGAAGAAAUGCAACUCCCUCAACUCUUUCCACUGCUCCUGGUCACCCCUCGGCCCUGCUGGCAACACCUCCUACUCCCUGAAUCUCUGCUGGCAGCACAAAGGGUGUAGCCAGUUUGAUGCACACAAGAUGACAAACUACAAACUGCCACAUCACAAGCUGUACAUCUUAAACAACGUUGUGGCCUGGGUAGAGGCAAGCUGGGAAGGCCACGUCCACAGGACCCCCAAUAUCACAUUUGUCUUCAACGAGGCCGAAAAGCCAGAUCCACCUCCCUCACGGGUGCCCUUCUCCAAGACUGACGGCCAGCUGAGGCUGCGGGUGCCACGGCCACAGUGCCCUGGCAUGGACCAGCCAGCAGAGCGGGAGGCUCGAUCCUGGAGGGCAGGAGACAGCGGCUGGACACAAGUGGAAUGUAUGACCGUGAUGGUGAAAGAUGAAGAUGACUCAGUGAACUGUACCCUGAAGGGGAAUGGCACCUUUGUGGUCCAACUACGGCAAAAGACCUGGAGCAGCUACUGGAGUGACUGGAGCAGCAACAUCUCUGUUCCCGAGGAAAUCCUGGAGAGCCCAGUGCUGAGCCACCAACUAGAAAAACUAGGAAGACAUGGGCAGCGGGUGCUGAGGCUGAGCUGGCAGCCAGUCCUCAAGGGACAAAGCGAUGUCAACUACACACUGCACGCCCACAUGCCAGCGUGUGGCUGUGCUGAGCUGGACGAGGAGGACGUUGUGGUGCUGGGGUGGGAGGUGAGGGAGCACAACCUCACCCUGUCUGGAGCUGAAUACGAAAUCCUGCUGAGGGCCGUCAACGCCGCUGGGCCAGGGCCGGCGUCACAGCUCCACGUGCCGGCAGAGCAGCAUAGAGAUCUCAGCUUCAAGGAUGUCAGCGUCGCCGGUAGCACCGUGACGGCACAAUGGGAAGCACCAAUCCCGGGCGAGGCCUAUUGCUUCGAGCAGCAGGUCCUGGCAGAAGCCUCCCAACAGAGUGUCUGCAUCCAAGAGGAAUUCCCUGCCAAGAGCAUCCACGUGGAGAAAGGAGCACUGGGAGCGCCGGCGUGUUACCGCCUUGCUGUGCACGGCUGGGACCCAGAGCAGGGCUGGACCACCUUCGCCCUGUGGCACCACUAUGCCAACGACGGCUCGCUGGCCGUGCCCAUUGACAUCAGCAGCGGAGAUGCCGGCGUCGUCCUCCAGUGGAAACCGUCCCCCCGCGCCACCUGCCCUGGGGUGCUGGCCAAGUACCUCAUCUGCCACAUGGCCGAGAGGGACAACAUGACCUACAGUGAAGCUGAUGCCACAGCAGUGAACUACACCCUCCAAAACCUCCAGCCCGGCACAGCCUACAGGGUGGGUGUUUGGGAAGUGACAAAGGACAGCGAGGGGACCUGCAGUGCUUGGAAGAAGUUCCAGACCAAGGCGUUAGGUCCUCAGGGAGCAGUGUGGAGAGCCAACCUGAAGUACCUGGGCAUCUCGCUCAGUGUCCCCAUCAUGGCUGCCAUCUACCACCUGACCAAAAAGAGGGCUCGCCACCUCCUCUUCCCACCUCUUCCUAAGCCCGUGGGCACCAAUGCCAUCCAGUUCUCUGCCGGCGAGAAGGGCCAGGUGAGAUGCAAGGUGCUGCCCACAAACACCCACACAUGGUCCUGGCAAGGGACAUUCCACCCCAAACCCACCCAACCCUUAGGGCCAGACCUGGAUAGGCCUCCUGGAGCCCUCGGAGAGGUUCAACCCAGCUGAGCUGCUGCUGACGGAGCUGAAUCCCAGCAAGGAGACAACUGACACCACCACGCAGACUGAUGUGCCAUGUCCCAGCGUGCCACAGCCCAAUGUGUCACAGCCCAGCGUGCCACAGUCCAAUGUGCCACAGCCCAACGUGCCACAGCCCAGUCUUGUGAUGGAAAAGCCAGCGGAGGUGCUAGUGGUGUGUCCACCAGGCUGUGAGGAGGAGAUGACCUUUGCCUACCGCAGGCAGGAGAUGCUGAGCCCAGUGGGAUUUCCACUGCCUGGCAGCACCAAUUGCACUGGGCACCCACACGGCAAGAAGGAGGAGGAGGAGGAGGAAGAGGAGGGAAGGCAGGAGCUAUGCCAGCCAUUGAUCCCCAUUGCCCUGCUCAUCUCCAACAAAUCCAUCAUCAUCGGGGACCAGGAAGGAUGGAAUCCAUUGCAGGAGAAGUCGGUGCCAUAGCCAUCACCAGGCUGGAGCAGCAGGGAUGGAUGGCAGGAAUAGGGUGUCCAAUGGGGUGCUAAGUGUGUGGGAUGCUGGGUGCCCACCCCAUGGGAUCAUGGUCAAGCCAGCACUUUCAGGGGGUUUUCUGGUUUACAGGACAAGGAAGGCGAUGUCUCUGGAUUCUGUGUUGCACCAUGCCAGGUUUUAGCCACACACUUCCCAGUCUCAAUUUUUCACCAGGAAUAAAAACCAAGGGAUAGUGGCUCCAGAGUCUGUCCAGGGCUGAGGGUAUUUCCUUGGCUGGAUCAGGAGGAGAGGCAGAACUUCAUCCCUGCCAGCUUCCACCACUGGGACCAGCAUCCCCUCCUUGGGAUGGGGACGCAAAGCACCAAACACCAUCUACCUGCAAAAAAAAAAGAAAAGAAAUCGGCAAAAAAA